GUGCCCCCUUCCACCUUCUACCUUCUUUUACGUUAAUAUUAAUUGAAUUCACCAGCACCUUAUUUUAUAUCAGACUCGCUGUCCUUCCUCCUCCUGGAGAAGUUAAUAAUAAUAGUCAUACUUCGAAAAGAUACAGCCAGAUUAAUCCUUGCUCUCUACUCUUUACUUUCUACCCCAUUGGCCUCCUUCAUAUCUCCAUUCUAAUUCCAACAAAUAGUUAACCAUGUCAACACUUGGUAGUGAUAGAAAAAACAACGCAAAGAUGAUUCGAUCAGGAUAUCGCUCUUCACUCUUCCUUCCAUCCCUUGCGCUUGCAAUGACAUGGAUGCAGACGAUAUCUGCCAAUAUUGCCUUCAAUAAAUUAGCUGAUAACCUGAUUAUUAAACCUGGUGAAACGGUUGCUUUGUCAUGGACUGCUGCAGCUCCAGAUGCUGGAACAGUACUUGACGAUAAACCCUUCAAUUUAGUCCUGCGUGCACUCACUGGCCAAAGAUAUUUGCUCCAGUCUAAUGUUGCACAGACUGCCCUCAAUCUACGAGUUCAGAUUCCAGCGAAUGCAACUGGAGGAAAGCAUAGUUUCUAUUGCGACUAUCAGUCCAAGAUCAAGCCCGUCAGUUCAAGGCAAUUUGACAUUGAUGCUCCCAUCAUAACUAUUACCACAGUUGCGGCUGCGGCUGCUAUACCCACAGAUGCGGAUCCCACCAUUGGAUCAGGAGAGGCCCAGGCAAGCUCUGGUCUUUCUGGCAUGAUGUUGAUUGGUUUGAUCGCAGGUGCCGCGGUACUUUUGCUCGCAGUCUCCAUGCUGUUCAUUACCCGUCAUCGCCGCCGUGUCUCCGCAGCUAAAGUGCAUGACGGUCCCUCUAUGGACGAUAGCAAGGAAGCAGGCCUUACAUCCAAGGAAGAGUCCUUGACAAAAUCUGCAGGAGCGGGCGGCCCUGCUGAUGGAGAUAUGGUCUCUGUGCCAUUGAACGGUGCUCCUUCCCGUCCUGAACAUCAAGUCUCGGGACCUAUUAACCUUAUUCCACAACAGAUGAGUUCACCAUCUGAGAGUCCAUUUGAUGGACCCGAGGUAGUGAUCCCAGCACAAGGAGCCUUACCCCGUCAACAUCAGUACCAGCCUCCUCAAAUGACAGGGCCUCCUCCUCAACGAGCAAGCAGUCCACAGAACCGCAAGUCAUCGGAGUCGGAUGCUGAGUCCAUCUAUGACCCCAAUGGCCCUAAAGAGCUCAAGGCCAGUCCCAGUAAUGGCAGUAGCCGGUAUCCUCAUAACAUGGGUCCUCAAUCCAAGAACCAGGCCCCAUUGACGCCAUCUAAUGAACAUGAAAUUCUGGCCAUGAAUGCAGCUGCAGCUGCAGCUGUUGCAACGUCUCCUGUCCAGGCUCAUCGCCAGGUCGGCCCUAAUGCUACACCUAGAGUAAAAGAUCUUGAGCUGGAGCAGCUUGGCAUCCAGCAGCAUCACUACGAACAACAGCAAAAGAUGUUGCAACGUCAACAACAAGAGCAGCAGCAGCAACAAGUGCAACAACAGGCCCCCUCAAGCCCUGAACCCUCGUCUGCGGCUCAGAAACCUCUUGACUCUACUCAGUUGGAUGAUAAAGCUGAGCUCGAGGAAGUAGAAGAUAAUGCUCCAGUCUACAACGGAUAUCGUGAUACUAUCUUUGGCGCAUAUGCUCAGCCUCAAGACGGUGAUGAAGAUGAUGAGGAGGGUGCAUCCCGUAUUCCUGCUGUUCCAAUGCUCUCAGCAGUGAUUGCAUCUCCCUUGAAUUCGGAUCUAAUCCCGCACCAGCCUUCGAGCACAUUUACCCCUGCAUCGACUGAGAUUGUGCGCAAGAAGUCUGUCAAGUUUACAGGAGUGCCUAGGUCCGGACCCAUUGUCUUGCCGAACCAGGAGGCUGCCAAAGAACAUCAGGCUCAGCGUCAGCUGCAGAAGCAGCAAAGUCAAGAGCAACUAGGGUCUCAGUCCCAAGCAAAGAAGGCCAAGACUCCCAAACAGAAACGUCCAGUGUCUGCAGCUGCCUACACAGAGAACGAUGAUGAUGAUUUCCCAGAUGAUGACUCCGACUCUGACUUUGAUAACAAUGAUGAGGACGAUAUCAAGAACCGCCUCAUGGAGACUGAGGUAACCAGUCCCGUAUCUAGCAAUGCGCCAGCAUCUCGCCCAUAUGUCAACACGACUGCAACUACACCAGCAGCCAAUGUCCUCUCCCCUGUCCGAUCCUCAGAUGAGCAAGAGUCAUCUUUUAGCUCAUUAACCAAUGUGCAGAAGAAUUUGUUUGACCCAAGUACUGGUCUGGAUUCACCUACGCUUGCGGAGGAUUCGAUGUUUGGUGAUGGUUUCUAUGAGGAUGUUUUAGCUGCAGUUGAAGGCACCGUUCCUCCAUUGAACUCGCUUCCCUCGCCUACAAACUCAUCCACAUCUCCUAAAUCACCUAAACCUUUGACGCCCAAGAAAGGACCUUCGUCGCCACUGUCAUCUUCCUCCAUCACUAUUCCCGCUGCCGCUACCGCUAGCACAUACAUCAAGCCAGCCUUGCCACCGGUGCCUCAAUCUCCUCCACCUGCACCCACACCUGCAUCAGCACCAGCGCAAACUGUCCAACAACAAUACAUCCCCGCUCCAGAGCCACAGCAGUUGCAACAACCAUCUUACUCUCAGUACUCAAGCUACCAGCAACAGCCUUUGAAUGAACAAACUUUCGGAGCGCCGUCGCCCAGGAUUUCCCCCGCUACGUUAGCCAAUGUCACGGCAGCUUCUAAUAGCAUGGCCCCAUACUCGGCUUCCACACAACAAAGUCCAGCUUUGUCUCCACAGUCCAAGGACCGCACGCCAGGAGGAGCACCUAUUCAGCAAAGUGAGGAUAUUACCUCCUUCUAUGGAGGCGCCAUUCUGUAA